AACUUUAUAUGAUUCGCUGUCGAGAAGUUUGUCCAAUUGCAAAAGGCGUUUUUAGCGUGGUUGCCUCGCCGGUUGCCUUGCGCCUUUUGGGGUGGCAUGCAUGAAAAUGGCUUCAGCCUUGCAUUCGGAGUGAUUUGGGGCUUUCGAGAUACUGUGUCGUGCUUUUACCGCUCUUUUGUGACAUUGGAAUUUUGAUAUAUCUUUGCUGGAAAUCCGAUUUUCUUUUUCCUCCCCUUCCAAGCUGUUUUGAUUUUUUCCAGUCCGUGUCAGUGACUCCGUAUUGGCGUAUUAUAUUGAUUUAAUAUCUUCACUUCUUAUUGCGACGAGUCUUGUUUGGGAAUAUGGCAGUUGCAGAAGCGGAAUCACUUCCUUGGUCCAAGGUUCUCUCCUCUGGCAUUCUUGAGGUCUGCGGAGACAGUGUGCCAUAUCACACCUUCCCCAUCCAUGAAUAUUUGUUCCGACAACGAUGCAACACCAACUGCUCGUUGUGGAAGGGGAGCUUGGACGAGACAAGACGACGCUUUAUAAUCCAAAAUGCGGCACCGGAAAUCGUCGUCCGUUUCGUCGAAUGGGCGUAUAGAGACUCGUACUCGGAUCGAGUCGAGCUCCCACGUCUACCUGCAGCAAUGCUCAAUCAAACUGUACCUGGUAGACCUCUGACGCCACCAAGAGAAGACCACACAAAUGGACACGAUGCGAGCCCUCAAAGUCGCUACCACUACACUGCAUACUCGGGGUCACCCAAAGCAAUUCAGUCUUUGAAGUCUCGCCAACACCCAGACGCGCACGACAGACUGGUAGCCGACAUGAACCAUCCACUUCUCUGCCAUAUGCACAUGUACAAGCUCGCAACUGCGUACCAGAUUCAGCCGCUUCGAAGCUUAGCUUGUCAAAAGAUAGAAAAUGCGCUGAUGUCGCUGAGUCUUUUGGAGACCGCUGCUUUGGAAAGCGUCAUAGCUCUUCUGGAUUUAUGCUUCAAUGUCCUUCAUCUUGAUGUUGAGGAUCCCCUGUCCAAAUGGCUGGAGAAGUAUACGGCAUAUCAUAUAAUAACCCUCCUCGGCGACGCCAAGUUCACGUCUGUCGCCCAGCAACGACUGCCAAGGAUUGUUAGCCUCAUGAGUCGCGCCCCGUUGCCCUCAAGGAAUGGCCUACAUUGGGAUUUUAUUUUCCCAGCCUUUGAAGAGAAUGAGGAAGAGGGGAAAGAUCACGAAGAUGAACAUGCAGCUACAGUUGAGCAAGAGCCCUCUAAUGAGCAGCCGGCCGUGGCGGUUGAGGACUAUUCAGAACAAGCACCGACAUCAGACGUGGUCGAAGAUGUCAAUGAGCCAAUACCAGUUACGGAAGAUUCGCCGGAAGAUGAAGAACCAACAGUUGAGGAUACGCCGGUUUGCUUUGACGACUAUUCAGAAGAAGUCCCAGAACCAGCCGAGGAAAAGGCCAUUGACGACUAUCUAGAAGAAGCAUCACUUCCGCUUAAGGAUGACGCUGAAGAGAUACUGGCCCCGGCUUUGUUGUCAGAACCUGAACCUGAACCGGCACCAGAGCCAGAAGCUCUUCAACUCACCACCCCAGAGAAUGCAACUGAUGAGCUAGGCACUUUGGGGGGACUAUCCAGCAAAAAGAAGAAAAAAGGAGUAGCGAAGAUGAAGAAGAAGACCAAGAAGAAGAACUGGCUCAAUUCCGAGACUAAUGACGAAGAAAAAUCGCCGGAGGAAGCUGUGGUGGGGAUUCCUGAAGAAGCAAUAACCCUGCCUACAGAGCAGGCUGAGCAGGCUGAGCCGCUGCGGGAUGAGAGGGGGUUUAAGUGGUCAGGUUGGGGCGCUCCAACGACUGAAAGGAACGAGAAGAACAAAAACAAAUUGGAUUUAUCAUGGGACUAGAAAGGUGAUCAGACAGUUUGAACGGGUUUCCUCCCUUCAUGAAUAGCUUUCCAUCCCACGGUUCUAGUCAUUUAGUGGUGAAUUAAUGAAAGCAAUUUAUUAUUUUCCUCGCUGAUUCAUUAAACUCCUUCCGCCGUACAGGAUAGAACGAUUAAAUCACAUGAAUAACUCACAUAAUACAAUAUUCCUUGCUGCACAUCUUC